GUAAUUGCUUGGCAACCAAUUCACCAUGACUCUGGUGAACUAGGGAAAGUGCAAAGCGACAGCAAGUACGCUGAAGCCGGUGACGCCCUCAAACAUCCACAAAAGCAAAUGAUCGAGACAGUUUCUGGCUACGAAUUGAAUAAUUCAUUAAGCAACGUGGUCCAUUGAGUACGGAAGCUUCUACAGUCACUGGCCUGGUAGACAGCUCAGCCGAGUCUUGGACCUGACGACUUUGUUUCAUCUCCAUUUCGAUGCCUCUUCUCGACAUCCCCGCAAACACUGGCAUAAAACGAAGUCACGAAGAUUACGUCGCCGGCGACAACGAUAUGACUCAAAGCAAGCUGUCUUUUGCCGCCGCCGUUCACAACCCUAAUCUGUCCACAGACAUCACACCUUGCCAGAUCCCGCCAAAAAUGACCAUCUCUGGCGAUAGUAGUCCGAUCUCACCUCUCACAGACAGAACACACACCCCAACACCUCCGAGGCCUGCGACAGCCAUACCAACAGAUUCAAUAACGACUCCGACGCCGGCCAAGGUCACAGCGCCCGCACCUACUGGCGGUGAACCACCUGCCAAGCGCAAAUGUCUCACAGCCGCUGAAAAGGAGGAAAAGUCCAAGGUCAAACUGGAAAAGGAACAAGCAAGGGUAGCCAAACAAGCUGAAAAGGCCAAAGUAGAGGAGGAAAAGAAGGCCAAGGCAGAAGAACGAGAGAAAGAACGUGAGAAGAAACGGCUAGAGAAGGAACAAAAACAACAAGAAAAGGAGCGCAAACAACAAGAGAAGGAAGAGGAACAACGCAAGGUCCAGGAGGCCAAAGAUAAGAAAGAGAGGAGCCAGCUCAAGCUUGCAUCGUUCUUCAAGGCAGGUCCCUCGACUCCUAGCAAGGUCAUCACAACGAUUCAACCAAAGGCCGAUGCCUCUCCAAGAAUUGCUAGCCCGGCUCAAAAUACUCAGGAUGGACCUGCGGACGUGUCCGAGUACAGAAAGGCGUUUCAGCCUUUUUUUAUAAAGGAGUAUGUCAAGCUUGCCAAGAAAGCUUUUGACUUUGACGAGGCUGCGCUGUUGGCGAAAUCACGACAACUUGAUGAAUACAUGGGAGGCAACAAGGACUAUCAACCGAGACCAUUUACAGGCCCAGACAGCGUCGAGUAUUUUUGUCUACCAGCCUUACCACCACCGCGCGGACGCCCAUAUCCGAGUGUUCGAAAGAUUGUGUCAAUCCUAUCCGACGCGAGCACCGUUGCGGGCGCCUCAGCAGCCCCGAUUGAUCUUACAGAUUCUCCAGUUCAAGCCGCACGCCGACUUCUAGCCGAGAUUCCAAUGAAGUAUUUGCGCUUCUUCCAAGACGUACGACCAGCCUAUUAUGGCACAGUGACAUCGUUACCACCAUCACUUGGAUCAUACGAUAAAUCACCCAACUCCACUUUACACGCGGCAAGGCUGCGCAAACUGGCAAGGAAACCAACAUCACGUCAAGUUCUUCCCCUGCAAUACGACUACGACUCGGAGGCUGAGUGGGUUGACGAUGGCGACGGAGAAGAUAUCGAAGGCGAUGAUGAUGAUGACGAUGACGACGAGGAUGAUGACGAAGACAUGACAGAUUUUCUGGACAACUCGGAGGAUUCGAUCAAACGACCAGUGUUUGCAUCAGGCAUGGAACCUGAAAGCAGUGGUUUGUGUUUUGAAGAUGCCAGAGUAGGGCCUUUGAGCGACAUGGCCAAGUACCGCAUGGAGUUUAUAUUGGACAAUGAACAUCAAAGCAUCGAUCCUUUCUCCUCCCAGUACUGGCAAUCUGAGCCGUGCCAAAAGACAACAGCGCCAACACCCGCUCUGCUACACCCUUCCAGCGCCAAAACUCCAUCCAACGCUUUUGCUGCGUUGUCGGCACCGGGUGGGAAGAAGACAGCAAUAGUGCCAGCCAACCUCUUGGACGACUUCAAACAUGCAAUCCUCAAAUACCCAAAGCUCAGCAAGGUUGGUUUGGUAGAGGUGUUGAGCACACAGUUCGAAAAAUGUACGAAAGCACAAGUCAAGAACUCUGUGGAGAUGCUGGCAGAAAGACACGACAAGACUUGGAGACUCAAGACCGAGCAUGCACUUUAGAAGGGAAUUGAUUUCGCUGUUGCUAAAUGAUCGACAACGACACUUAUUUUGUUACAUUUUGGUGAUUUGCAUUCUUGUUCAUACGAUUACUGAGGGGUGCAUAAUUGCACCAUAUACUUGAUGAGGCUCGGCUGUGCAGAUGUGAGACAUGGCGCAACGCCGGUCGCUGCAUAUUGGGCGUUUGGUGUUGAGAUGGGAUGCCGGAGUUGGAAUGGAAACAUGUUUAAUCGGCUUUAUCAUAUUGUGCUUGUUCCCGGGCCAUAUUAGCAAGGAAUGUUAAUAGAUACGAUUUAUGUUUUUUAAAGGAUCUUGGUAGAUUCGAUUUGGU